AUGUCUGCUUCUACGACAAUACUCGUCACGGGGGCCACAGGCCUCAUCGGCUUCCGUAUUCUCAUCGCUGCUCUUGCUGCGGGUCACACCGUGCGCUUUACUGCCAGGUCAGAGGGAAAAGCGCAUCUGGUCACCUCGAACCCCGCGGUGCCAAACUUCGACCGCCUUUCCUGCGUCAUCAUCCCCGACCUCACAGUCGCGGGCGCCUUUGACUCUGCUCUGGAAGGCGUAACGUACGUGAUUCACGCUGCGGCACCUGUCCCUAUGCCAUAUUACGAUCCCAUGACAGAGAUAUUCCAGCCCAUGGAGAAAACAACGUUGGGCCUGCUUACCUCUGCUCUCAAGACGCCCAGCGUAAAGCGCAUUGUCAUCACUUCAUCUGUCAUCGGGAACCUUGGUGUCGGGCCACUCCCCACCAUUGCGUCUGCAUCUACGCGCACGCCGCUGCCAGACCCCUUUCCGUCUAGUUUCGGCAACCCCUUCGAAGCGUACACGCUGGGCAAGAUGGUUUUGCUGCACAUCGCGGACAAGUUCACCAAGGAGCACAACCCGCACUUUGCCAUUUCUCACGUUGUGCCUGGUUACGUCUUUGGUCGCAACGAGCUGGCGCUCGAUGCCAACAUGAUGCAAACCCAUAAUAGCUCUAAUAACUUCUUGAUAAUGGGUAUCCUAGGCGGGGAACCGCCGUACCCUGUCCAUGGCCACUAUAUACACACAGACGACUUAGCGGACGUUUACCUGCGAGUAGCCUUCCGCGACCCAGAACCAGGGGAGCCCAAAGACUUUGGGGCCGCGAUCAAGGUGGAUUACGAGAAUAUUUUCGAUUAUGUCGAAAGGGCGUUUCCCAAAGCGGUUGCGGAGGGUGUAUUCAAGAGAGGCAAGGUACUCACAUUGGCCGUCGAAUAUAAGGGGGACGAUGUAGAGAAGCUGUUAGGUAGGAAACCGAAAAGCUUUGAGGAUGCUGUGCUAGAUGCUGCUGACUAG